AUGCAAAAAGAUUCUGCGGAUUUUUUCAAUUUCUCCGGAAAUCCCAAAUCUCUCCAGUUCAAGUGAGUUUUUAUUUAUUUUUUUAUCAAAAUAUUUUCCUUUAAAAAAAUUUUUCUUCAGUGUAAAACUAAAAUAUGUUGGGACAUCGUUCGGAAAUUUGCCAAGCUUUCAAAAUUUUGCCGAGCGAAUUACCGAAAUUCGACAUAGGGGAAGCUGGAAAUAUGGAAAAACCGGUUCGUCGGAGGAAUAUAAGCGCCCGGAAGAUAAUUCAGAAGCCGUGAAAGUCAAAUGGCAACAGAAAAUUACUCAUCCGAUGGUGAGUUAAUCGUAAAAGUUAAAAAAAAAAAAAAAAAAAAAAAAAAAUUUGCGUAUUUUGAAGGCCCUAAAUUUAAAAAUUUAGUCAGCACUAAUUUUUCUAGACCGAACUCAAAUCCACUUCUCGUCAACAUCUUCAAAGUCUCCAAGAAGACUCCCAAAAUAACCCUGUAGAAAAUCAAGUUAAUCAAGAAGACCAACAAAUUAACCAAAACCACAAUGACAAUGAAGAGGACAAAAAAGAUGACGAAGAAAGACAAGAAGCUCACGAUGAGGACAAUGCCGUUCAUUUCUCAGUUCGAGACGAAGGUGAGGACGAAGAUUCACCUCCACCAUCCGAUCCCAGACAACUCGAAAGAGAGGAAAAUGAGGGCAAAGAAAAUGGUGAGGAAGAUGAGGAAGAGAAGGAUGGAGAAGAGGAAGAAAAAGAGGUCGAAACAUUGGCGCCUCCAGCGAGACAUGAGGAGAUUUGGGAGAGGACUGGGCCUGCCGCCCCCAAAACUCUGCCACUGUAAGUUGCUAGGUGGCUGAAAAGUCUAUAGAUGUUGUAUAUUACAGUAAGAAAUAAUUUUUUAACGCCCUGUCCCUUCCAACGACCACAAUUUGAAAUGCACAGUGCGCCCAGAUACCGCACAGUGCAAAGGGGAUUUUCUCCAAAUGCGGUCGCAGCUUAUGUCGCGCGAGGGAACUGCACAGUGCGCUUUUCAUUUGCACUGUGUCAUCCUUAGAAAUUUUGGACCAAAAAUUUAAAAAUCCAAUUGGCACGGCGUAUUUUACUUUCCUCUUUUCCAAAUUUAACUCUUCCAGACAACGCCGAAUCUUCACCAUCACCGAAGCCGACCUCCGCAAACGUCACGCCUCGGGCAAACUCUCCUCCAGAGCGUCGAUUUCGGCGGCCGAAGAAUCGACGGUUUUUCGACCGCGGAAAGUGGUUCCACUCAGCACGGACACCCUGCGGCGUCCGAUCCGAGACAAUCCAACGGUGGAGCAGCAAAAGAAGCAACGUCAGGUGGAUUUGGGAGCCCGGUCCAUGUUCAUUAUGGGAUACUUUGGGGCCUGGAAUGAGGCUUAUAGCGAGGAGUUUGAGAGGACGAUUUGUGAGGUCAAGGUGCUCGGAAGAAGGACUUUACAGGUGGGAAUGGAACUUGCUUUGGCUCUAGUAUUCUAAUUGGUCUGUUUUUGGCUUGUAAGACUUGUAGUUUUUGGCAGCUUGCGCCCUAGGAUAAGGUCUUGAAAUGACUUGAAUUUUUUUUUGCCGUCCGCAGCCUGCGCCCUAGACUAAAAUUAUGCAAUUUUUAAAGAAAAUUACUGCCUUUUUAGGCCAUAAAUUCAACGAUGAUAACUUUGGCACUAAUUAUAACCGUUUAAAUGAUUUUAUUUUUCCGCAGCCUGCGCCCUACCUUUCACCCUCAUUCCUUUCAGAUCCGCCCAGGACUUGGCGAACGAGUCAUCGAGACCAAGAUUGGCACAUAUUCAUGCAUUGUGGAGUUGGACGAACCCGUAGAAUUCGAUAAAAUCCCUCAAAUCCCCACUUAUGAAGAUGAUGUUCAAGAUGAAUUCAAGUUCGAUAUCCCUCCAAAUAACUGCGUUCUUCUGAAUUACGACAUCACAAUUGACGAAGCGAGGAACAUGCCGCAUGAUGGGGUGUAUAUUGAAUAUAACAUUGAGGUCCCGGAGAAUAUGGAGGUGGUUCAAAAGGAGCAUCUCAGCGGCCGAACUCAGGUCUGCUUCGUCAAACCGGAGGGAAAGGUGAGCAGGGGAAUCGAGCAAAAAGCAUAAUCUAGUUUAUCGUGAUUACUAGUUACAGUGGGGACCUGAUCCAGUGGCAAAAAAGUACCGUUUUGCAUCCGGGAAGUAUCAAAAACGUGGCAAAAUACCUCCCUAUCCAAGUGAAAAAAUGCGGGAAAAGGCGCGCCCUUCAAAACGAAGUUUUUUCACUUGGAGAGGGACGCAUUUUGCCACAUUUUUGAUGCUUCCCGGAUGCAAAAUGGUACCUUUUUUCCACUGGAUCAGGUCACUCACUGUAAGUCCUUUCAGUAAAACAAAUACAAUUUUUUUUCAAAAAUUUUGGGUUUUUGGUCCAAAAAUUUGAGAAAUUUGUAUAUUACAGUAAGAAAAGCGCCUCACAGCUUUCAAAAAACGACUCCUAUCUUCAGCACACACCUCAUACUCCUCAUAUUUUUUUAGGAUGACGUCAGCUAUUUCUCUUAUCCGAUCCAAUUUGCCCUUCUUUACCGAGCCACCAGACCUCAAACGGACAAGUUCUUUUGGCCCCGAAUCCGGCUUCGAUGCUUGGCCGAGGAUUAUUGGGGCCGGUUUUAUAUCGACGGCUACGGCUCCAAGUCUCUUCCAAUUCGGCCAAUUGCCCAGGAAAAGCUGGUGAUUCAGACGUGGCGGCCCAAAAAUCCGUUUAGUCACCUGGCGAAGCUGCGGGAAGGUAGGGUUAUAUUCAAAGACCGAUAUCUCGAAGGCCGAUGCAUAGAUUUUCUUCGAAUUUGGAGUGAUUACUUUUUCUGGACAACAUUCCAAAGCUUCAGAAUUUUAACUCGCGCUUCGUAAAGACGGCCGAGAUAUGAGAACUCUUUUCCGAAAGAGAGAGCAUGCGAAAUUAGGAGAGUUGCCAGAGAAAACUCGUUUUUCAAUGACUUUAUCUUUAGGAAAUUCCCUUGAAAAAAUCAAUUUUCUGUAUAGACAAUCUAUAUCCUCGCCUGUAGUAGGCUUUCCAAGCUGCAAAUCGCAAAAAAAUUCUAAUUUUUAAGCCACCCAUCAAUGAAAUUUUUAACUUAUUUAUUUUGAAGGUUUCAUUGGCCAAGCCGUUGAUCUAGCCAACCCCGAAAUGGCCGGGAUCUUCGAUUCGACCGGUCGAAUCAGCCGUAUUUCCUCCAAAAUCGGCGUUUCGGCCGAGGGAAGUGGAACGGUGGGGAUUACGGUAUCUUGUUUACAUCAAAGUCGACAUUACAUCCCUCAAGAUGUGAUCCGAACCAUGCAUUACGAGAGGAUGGUUGAGCAGAUUGGGCUGAAUUCCUCGUUAUAUUGGAGGAUUCGGAAGGUAUUGGCGCAGUUCGACGAGGCCAAGCGGCAGCUGAUCAAGCUGAGGAGGAGGCCAAUACCGUAG